AUGUUUCACAACCUGCUCAAAACUCAGCCAGCCAUCUUUUGUGGAAAAAUCAUUUGUUUCGUGUCGUCAGGGUAAAUUUCACAAUUGUAAUUAAUGUCAGAGCCACAGUCUUCGCUUUUAUUAAAAAAGCAGCUAGCUGAACUGAACAAAAAUCCAGUGGAAGGUUUUUCUGCUGGAUUGAUAGAUGACAAUGACAUAUACAGAUGGGAAGUCCUCAUCAUCGGUCCUCCAGACACAUUAUAUGAGGGUGGAUUCUUCAAGGCACAUUUACACUUUCCAAAGGAAUAUCCUCUGAGGCCACCACGGAUGAAAUUUGUCACGGAAAUAUGGCAUCCAAAUAUUGAAAAGAAUGGAGAUGUUUGCAUAUCAAUAUUGCAUGAACCCGGAGAUGACAAGUGGGGCUAUGAGAAGGCAUCAGAAAGGUGGCUGCCAGUACAUACAGUGGAGACCAUUCUUAUAAGUGUUAUUUCGAUGCUCGCAGACCCAAAUGAUGAAAGCCCUGCUAAUGUUGAUGCUGCGAAAGAAUGGAGAGAGCGAUAUUCGGAUUUCAAAAAGAAAGUUGCGCGAUGUGUUAGGAAAAGUCAAGAAGAUUGUUUUUAGAGUGUGAGGGGAUUUAGAUCGCAAAAUAUUAUCAUUGGAAAAGGGCCAUGUGACACAACUGUACCAAUACCACACCACAUAGAAUCGUUUUUCACGCUAGGUCGCCGCAUGCACCGACCCGUCUCACGAACACGAACCGCGCGUACGCGCCGCCGCCAAUUGUAGAUGAGUGCUCAUUCUGUUUCUUUUUACAGAAAGAAUGGAGAGAAUCAUAUUCGGAGUUUAAAAGGAAAGUAGCACAGUGUGUGAGAAAGAGCCAAGAGGAUUGUUCCUAAAUAACAGUGCCCUUUUUCAUUAAUUUAGUAGAGUGAGUGUUUGGUGAUGCAGUUAGGACGUUGUUGAGAGCAUGCCCCGGCGUGACUCAUAGUGCGGGCCCCCCCAUCCGGGCCAGAGACAAUAUUGAAA